UUAUUUCAAAAUAAGAAAGCAUUCAUAAAAUUGACGGUGAAUAUUCCAACAAAAUUUUCAUCUGCGGAAUAUUGGAAAACAUUUCAUCAUUUGAAUCAGAAUACAGAGUGACAUCGUUGAGUUUUUUGAGAAUGAACAGAAAAAGACAUGGAUGACGACGAGCUCGAUGAUAAUCAACCAGAAGAAAGCAAAUACGUUGUUAUAAAAUGUGGACUUCAAACAAUCCUGCGACAACAACAUGAACGGAUUGAAAGAGUUGGAGAAGUUGUGACCAAAAUGCUAUUCGAGCGCAGUGUUCAAAUGACAGAAGUGGCAGCAUUGGCAUCACUUUCUAUUCUUUUUAUUUUGAAUGAAGCACUUGAUAAUGACGAUCGUGCAUUUUUUUUGAAACCACAUCCAAGCCUGUUCAUUGCCGAUUGUUUCAGAGCGGUAUUAAACCAACACGUUAACAAUAUCAGAAGUCAAUAUCGGAUAUUGCCCGAGUUUCGUUUCAUGGUAGAAAGAAACAGUGAAGAACAGUUCCGAUGGCCAGAUGAUGAAAAGUUGGGAAAUGGUUUGAGAUAUUUUUAUAAACAAUAUAUCACAAACAUUCAAACCAAUACCAACACAUGGUGUGAAAAACGACUUGAGAAUUUUUUUCGAAUGCGUUGUUGGUAUCGCAAUCGAUUCCACAAUGGCUCAAGAUUUGAUAACAUCGACAUCAGAAAUGCCAAAGAGUUUUCAUAUCGAUUUAAGAAUUUAACAAAUGGUAAUAAUGUGGAUCCACAACGCGUUGAAAAAUUCAAUAUUUUAAUGAGAGAUUUGACUGAAAUUGGAUGGUCGGGAACAGUGAGUAUGAAAUUUUUCGCAAAAUAUCGUUGGUUUGAAUCACUGUGGUUGUUCGGUCAAAUGCAACGGCAAAUAGAAGUGUAUCACAGUCAUGCCGAACAAUGGUAUACCAUUCAUGAAAUGUUUCGCAACAAUCCGAACUUUCAAGAGCCAACAAUCAAUCGACCACCAAAAAUAAGCAGUUUUGCUCUUAUACCAUUAUGCGACUACCAUUUGAAAAACGUGCGAUUGGACAUUACGGACUUGUAUAAUAAAAUUGUAAACGAACUUGAUUUGGUGCCUUCUUUUCUCAAUACGCAGACCAACCGGAUGAAUAAGAGAAAUUUAAAGUACUACACCCAAACUGAUCGAUCAGGUCUAUGGAAUAUGUUGUUCGAUGUCGGUAAAAUAAAUAAAUUGGGCAAAUCGAAACCAUUCCAUCAUCAGAUUUUGACCGAUAGUGUUUCAAUAUCCAUAAUGUACAAGAAACCACAGCGACAACAACGACCACAGCGACAACAACGACCACAGCAAACAACCCAAGCGAAUCGGGGGCCGGAAAAACUCAUUGGCAAGAAAUACAUCAUUGGAAUCGAUCCGAAUGAAAAAUCGUGGUUAACUGUAGUGCGUCGCAACAUUCAAAAAACACCUGAUGAGCCGGCUGUUGAGGAAAACAUUAUAAUACCAAACCAGCGUUUUCAUUGGGAAACUCAGCAGAAAAAACGAGACAAAGAAGCGAAAAAGUUGGCUGGAUGGUUUGAUAUCGAAGAGAAGGAACAUCUCAAAACAUACCCAUAUCGUCCACCAUCACCACGUAAUUCAACAUGGAAAUCAUACAUUGAAUAUCGCAUUAAAAUGUUACGAAAAGGAAUGGCAGCUUAUGCGACGCGUGAAUAUGCACGACUGGAUUUAGACCAUCACAUUCGCUCGACCAGAGUAAAUGAUCAAAUCGCCGUGCGUGUGACAAACAACAAACCGUCGUUGGUUCAAUUUGGUGCUUGGGCGAUGAAACCCGAUCGACCGUUUGGAAUAAAAAAGCGUAAAAGAUGUCCGGGAUCGCGUAAGUUUCGUGUGAGCAUUAAAAAACUUGGACAUUCAGAAGUUGAAAUGCAAGAUGAAUGGGGAACAUCACAAACAUGCGCGAAUUGUCAGGAACGUUUUCCAAGGCACACAAAAGAUGAUCGAUUUAAAGUGUGCUACGAUUGUAGAGCGAAAAAGAUUGAUGGCCUGCCAGAUUCAGUCGCUGGACUGCCAGAUAUCAUUGUGUCAACGGUCAACAGACGUGUUUUGAGAAGAAAACGUGCAAUUAUUAAGCGACAAAUUAUCGAUGGCAAUCGUGAGGCUGUGAACGAAAAAAUUCGGACUGGGCGUUUAAUGUCAAAGGUUAAAGUUACCUACAAAAAUUGGCCAUUAAAUGUUGAUGAUGAUGAUGUUGUUCCACAAACAGUUACUUGGCACCGAGAUAUUGUUGCAGCAAAAUGCAUUAUGCUCAAAGGUAUGAAUCAAUUGGAAACAGAAUAUUCAUUAUUUAAUGUAUUUGCUUUAAAUUACAUAGGACUUUGCCGGAUCUUUGAUGUACCAUUGCCAGUUUCAUUGUUAAGACCGCCGGACCAAAACAACAAUGUCAACUAACAAACAUCAUCAAUUAAUCAUACAUUCAAAAAAUUACAUAAAAUAAAAUAUUUUAACUAUUAUAGUUAGCUUAGCUAGACAUGAACAGACUAUAUAAAGUCUUGUGGUCUAGUUGUACAAUAGUACAACAUUGUACGGAGGGGGAGUGCCCGUAGGUGAGUAAAGUUUUUAAUUUAAAAAAAGUAUUUUAUACCCAGUUCAACUGAUACUAAUGGUUGUCUUUCCCUUUUUCCAUGUUUUUACACCUGAAUGUUCCACCAUGCCAAACCUAUGGAAAUGACUGAAACUACACACGAAUCUAACCCCGAAAACGACCGUCAAUAUGUGCUUCAUAAUGGAUGCAUUUGCCCUAUCAAUUGUUUGCUGGGUAGGACCUCAAGACAUCAAAUAUAUAAAUAUUUAUAAGUCAAAAAAGUGUUUUUUACUAAAUAACGUACGUGUACUUCACGAACCUGUUCGAUUAGGUACACUACCUGUUCGAUGAUAAAAUUGGCAAUCAUUUUACGAACCUUUCUAGGUUUUGAGCUCAAUUGUAUUUUUAGCAAUAUACCUCCAAUUUUUCGCAUUUUCUUUCUUUGCAUAAAUUUAUAUUUAUAAUAAUUUGUUUGAACCCAAACACAGUACGAAUCUUAUUAUUUACGUACAUUAUAAACUAUGUAAUGAAACUAAUAUGAGUAUAUCCAAAGACCAAACUGACCGAGUAGUUCAUUUGUUUAUGCAUAUAGUUGUUCUCGCGGAUGUCCUAGCAACUACAACAAACAACAAAACAACAAACAACAACAGCAAACAACAACAACAAAUAUCUUUACUAGAAACGCUCUAUUAUUGAAGAAAAAAAUAUUUGAAAUAUACGCGAUUAUAAUAAACAACAAUGCAGCAA